AUGCUCACUCCUUCCAUUCCCCGCCUCUGCUUCCACUUCUGUGCAGCUGCUGUUCACCAGCCUGAGAGGGGCGGGCAGGGAUUUGGAUGCGGUGAUAUGGAACGCCAUGCUGAGUGCGCUGGGGAAGAACGGGCAAGUGCAGGAAAGCCAGCUACAUCUGUCUUUCUGUUCCCCGCCUCCUCUUCCCCUUGUGUGCAGCUGCUGUUCACAAGCCUGAGAGGGUCGGGCAGGGACUUGGACGCAGUGAUAUGGAACGCGAUGCUGAGUGCCCUGGGGAAGAACGGGUGGACGAGGGGUGCUGUUUACCAGCUUAAGAGGGUCGGGCAGGGACUUGGACGCAGUGAUAUGGAAUGCCAUGCUGAGUGCCCUGGGGAAGAACGGGCGGGUGGGUGGGGAAGAGACAGAUGCAUCAACUCAUGCACUCUCCCUACGUUCCUCACGUCCUCCUCCCUUUCGGUGCAGCUGCUGUUUACAAGCCUGAGAGGGUCGGGCAGGGACUUGGAUGCAGUGAUAUGGAAUGCCAUGCUGAGCGCCCUGGGGAAGAACAAGCGGGUGGAGGAGGCGAAGGAGCUGUUUGCUGACAUGCAGGAGAAUGGGCCGGCACCCACUGUUUAUUCCUACUCCAUUAUGAUUGACGCCUAUGGAAAGGCCGAUCGGAUUCUGGACGCAUCGACCAUGUUUGCCCGCAUGUUCUCCUCGGGUCUCCGCCCAUCUCUGGUGACAUUCAACUCCAUGCUCGCUGCCUACCGCCGUGCCGGCAUGGUCAACGAUGCUGCUGCUCUCUUCCGCAGGAUGAGAGCAGAGGGGGUGCCGCCCAGCCAUGUGUCGUAUGCGAUUCUCAUCCACACACACGCGCAGGCGGGGGAUUUGAGGGAAGCCACUCGGCUGUUCAGGUAG